AUGUCAGUCUCAAAAAUUGAGACGGACAUUAUCCUCAACAAAGCAAAUGUUGCUCUAGCGCGCAGCCAGCGCUUGGUAGCCUCCUGGCUGCCCCCACCCACGGACGCGGAACAGGCGAAUGUCAAAUCCGAAGAGGAAUUGCAAAAGGAAGAGGAUGAGAUCUUCACUGCAGUUCCUGAAACGCUCGGAGUUGGCGCUCCUCUGCCUCAAAAAGCUGCGGACGGAAGCUGGAACCGAAUGGAGCUAGAUUCGAAUGACAAGCUGCGGAAACAGCUCCUCGGCAAGAAUUACAAGAAAGUGACGGCGGACAAUGCUAAGGCCCCAGGGAAGAUGCCGGGUCAGCCCGGCGCCUCGAAUGGAAACGCGCUGACUCCCUCGGCGGCUCAUAAUGAUGAUGAUGAUGAUGACGAUGAUGAGGGACGAACAGCACUGGUGGGGAAGAAACACGGGUCGUCGAAGAAAGACUCGAACCUUGCGAGGAAGAGAAAGCCUGCUUCCGAUGUCUUGGAAGAGGAUGAUGGUAAAAAUGCAGGCGACGUUGUCAAAGAUGGCGAUGGCGACGGCGAUGACACUGCGGAUAAGCUGGAAGAGGCUCCAAUCACCGCACCAAGGUCGAGAGGCCGGAAGAAAGGCACCAGCUUCUUGGAUGAGAUCCUCGGCGAAAGGUCAAAGAAGAGAAAGAAGCGAUGA